GGCGAUGAUCCCAACCCCGCGGCACCAGCACGUGGGUCCAGAGGGUCCCUUCAGCGCUGUUUAUGAGCCCGCCGAAGACACUUACUUGCUGCUCGACGCCCUCGAGAGGGAUGCCGAAGCUCUGAGAAGCGCCGGCAUUGAUAUUUGCCUUGAAGUAGGAUCUGGAUCUGGAGUAGUUUCAACUUUUUUAGCUUCAAUUGUUGGAUCCGAAGCAUUUUACAUGUGUACUGAUAUCAACCCUGUGGCUGGUCUAUGCACAGUAGAGACAGCUAGAGAAAAUAGUGUUCACAUUCAGCCAGUAAUUACUGACCUGGUAACAGGAUUGUCGCCACGAUUACAUGGAAAAGUUGAUUUGCUGUUAUUUAACCCACCUUAUGUGGUAACCCCUUCUGCUGAGAUACAAACUCAUGGAAUAGAGGCCACCUGGGCUGGAGGUAAAAAUGGCAGAGAGGUUAUGGAUAGACUCUUUCCACUUGUGUCAGACUUACUAUCGGCGAGAGGAUUGUUUUAUUUAGUUACAAUUAAAGAAAAUAAUCCAGAUGAAAUUAUUAAAAUAUUGCAGAAAUGUGGUUUAAAUGGCAGUAAAGUAAUUUCCAGACAAGCAGGGAGGGAGUAUCUCUCAGUUCUGAAAUUCUACAAAUCCUGAAGCUGGCUUCUGGAGGAAUCUUCAUAUAGUAGACUCUUUGCUCUAAAAUACUAUCUUGGAUUAAUUUGUUACAUUUAAUUAAGAUUAAAUUCUAUCUAUUGUCAACAAGUACACAUUAGCAGAUUAUCUUAAUUCAAAAAUAUGCAUAUUUCCAUGUGUAAAAUCAAAAUUUUUGCAAUAAAUUUAUAAAAGUGGAAUGUAAAA